AUGGACUCACUGGUGGAGGAUGUGCUCACUACUCAGUUGGUGGUGGAGGCUGUGCUCAUUGCUAGAGGAUAUGGCUGUGGUCGCUGGUGGAGCUAUAGAUUAAGCUUAGAUUUGACAAGGUUUCGAUGGUCUUCAUCGUCGAAGCCAAAUGUUGUUCAAUGGUUGGAGCUCGUUGGAGACUUCAGUUAG